CAGCUCGCUUCUGGCGGACUAUGGAGUAUGUCUGUUGUCAUAAUGGCUCGGUUCAAGUCUAUUCGUGCACCAACAACUGCCAGUCUUCCUAACAACCUUCAUAUACCGUCUUCCAACCCGUCGCUUAUCAAGACGUUUGGCAAGCUUACUCGCCAGGCUUUACUUGACCUUGUUUUCCAGUGGCUCGAGGAUAGCAAUGUGCGGCAAUUUCCCCCGUAUCUUCAAGUCGACGAAGACGCCGAAGGAGAUGAGGAUGGCAACGAGGAAGGACUCCUUCCCUAUCCUGCCGAGCGCACUAUCAACGGUGUUCGCAACGCCUAUCAGGAACUGCAGUUUCGAAAGGGAGGAAAGCGUGAGGUCAUAGAUCGGAUCCUCGAAGGUGACUGGAGACAUGGCAUUACUCUACGCCAAUUGGCAAUGGUCGACCUGCGCUACAUGGACGACCACCCCGCAGGUUUGCGCUGGACAGCUCUAGAACUCUCUCGCAUCAACAGCUCACCCUCGAAUGACCUCUCCGCAUGCAUACCGCGUGUUCAUGCAUCGACCUUCCUGAGCAGCCUCCAGCAACAAAUUUCUCCCCUGGUGAAAGCACAUUAUCACCUUGCCCGGUCGACUUCUCUCCCCCUCACGGUGCUCCGCGUCUUCGUAGCCACCUCGCCUUACCAACUUGCCCCCCGCCAGGCGGUCGAAUCGCUCACUGACUCGGCCAGAAUCAUUUAUGUCGCUUUCCCAGACAGUUGUCCAUUCAUUUACACAUCCAUCGCCUCUUCCCCGACCGCAUCCAAGGCUAGCCGCGAUACACCCAACUCCCCAAUCGCAACCGACGCCCGCAGUCUCCAGCGCCUGGUGCGAGACGCCAUUCCCAAGGCCCUCUCCCUCCCCCACCACCGUUAUACCCUCAAGCCUACCUCCCUGACCGCUAAGAGUCUUGAAGCUCUCUUAGCCCUCCGGGGCCCCGGCCGAUCCAAUCGCGCCAACGGCGCAUUCAGCAUCUUCGCAGACGCCGCCUUGGAAGGAAGUCCACUCGAUCCGCGGCCAUCCAAUACUGUCUCCCCAGAUGAGCAUGUCCGCCAAUCGAUGUCAAUCCUCUCUAAAAAAUCCCGCGAUAAAGAAAACACUGCGACCGAUGAAAGGGGGAGUUCUACCAAGAAUGGACCACCACUUAAACGGUCUUCCACAGACACCAAAGCAGGCGGCAUAUCUAAGAGACGGACCCUAGCGCUGCAGUCCCGCUUCGGUACUUCGGGUACCUUAUCCUCUGCACCGCUCGAUCGGCUGGAUGUUCGGUUGCUCGAUGCCUUGCCAGGGGGUGCAACGGCAACAGAGCAGGUUCAACAGCCGACGAUCUCGCUUACAUUCACUGGUACGGAUGUGAUCGGUGGAGUUCACAAGCUUGCAGAGUUGGGUAUCAUCGAUGCGGAGAAAAUGCCUUCGUGGAUGACGGGUGAGGAGGGCGUCAGUGCUCUUAUGGUGAGGAAGGGGAAGAGAGUGCCCAGGGCCGAUGGGUGAGCUCAUUAGGGAUGAGCUACGCUUGUGCAUUUGAUGCAUUCUAAUAAUGUCAUAUGGGGUGCUGAAGCUGAGACAGGAACAGCGCUCGACCUCAAGAAGCCUAAAAACCAAGAUCGAAUCUAAUCGCGUUUCUUUACCUAUCCCGUGAUAGUACGGGAGCACCGUCAUUGCUGCAGAAAUGGGA